GACAUACCAUCACAGAAUUGAACAGUCUGUUAGUUGCUCAACGACAUGAAGGUCACGGUGACAGGCGCUGCAGGAUUUGUCGGAUCCCGCUUAGCUGAUGCUUUGCUGAGACCCGACUCUCCUUUGCCUGUGACAGAACUAGUAUUGGUGGACACGAUCCUCCCAGCACAACGUACAGAUUCACGAGUCCGUUUACUUGCUCUCGACUUGAGAGCGCCGACAGCUGCAAACCAACUUAUCACUGCUGAUUGCGAUGUAUUUUUCCACCUCGCUGCUAUCGUUAGUGGACAAUCCGAAGCUGAUUUCGAUCUUGGAUUGGCCGUGAACUUCGAUGCGACCAGGGCACUACUGGAAGCCGCCAGAAGAAAUGCACCUUCAUUGAGAUUUGUCUUCGCUAGUACAUCCGGCGUUUUUGGAGGCGAACUCCCAGAUGUAAUUAACGAUAGAACAGCGACUAUGCCCCAGACAUCCUACGGAACUGCCAAAGCAAUGUGUGAGUUGUUGAUAAACGACUAUUCAAGAAGGAAAUUUUUAGACGGCCGUUUUGUCAGAUUGCCUACUGUUAGUAUUCGUGCCGGUACUGCUAAUGCGGCUAUGACAUCUUAUGCGAGUGGUAUUUUGAGGGAACCAUUGAACGGAAAGGAGGCUGUAUGUCCAGUACGGAGAGAUCAGAAAAUUUGGAUUACCAGUCCUGCUAUUGUUGUGCGUAAUAUUAUUCAUGCUGCGACAAUUUCGGCCGAUGUUUUGGGAGACUGGCGUGGAAUAAAUUUGCCAGGUUUCGCCGUAUCUGUAGAUGAACAGUUAAGGGCUCUUAAGGAAGUAGCUGGUGAGAAAGCUGUGGCUCUGGUGCGCUUUGAAAGAGACGAGAGGAUCUGUCAUAUGGUUGAGUCAUUGCCGAUAAAGUUUGAUAAUUCCCGUGCUCUAAGCCUUGGCUUUGUAGUUGAUACCAAUUUUGCUGACGUCCUCAAAGCGUACAUACGUAACGAGUUGAACAAAUCUAAUUGAGUAUUUGUAAUCUAACUUUAUAUUUGUUGUUAAAUAAAUUCUUUUAUUUGUG